CCUGUCAGUUUUGUGGUGGGCAAGGUCUACAGGAAGUGGCUACAGCGCUGAACAGAAAACGUGCAAGAAAUGAAACCCGAAUAGUGCUUUAGAAGCUCGCACUAAGAAAGGGGAGUUGGCUGUCUUUACCUAGAUAACUGCGCUCAGUCAUUCAUUUGGUUGUAAGGAAAGAAAUGCCAGGUCCAGUCUGAGCACCCCUGAUAAGGAUGAUGCUUCUUUGGAGACAGAAGUGAAGACGUUGGCCAUUCAAAAGGACACGCGUGUGGAUCGCAGCCGCAUUAGACAAUCAAGCUGCCAACAAUGGACAACUGUGGAGCUUCGGAUGGGUCUGUGCAAAAAAGAGAUGUCAUCAGAGUUGGGACGAGAAAAAGUCAACUGGCUCGCAUACAGACGGACAGUGUGGUAGAAAUGCUGAGUAAGAGGUUCCCUACUGCUCGGUUUGAAAUUGUUGCUAUGGCUACUACUGGAGAUAAAAUUCUAGACACUGCGCUAUCCAAGAUUGGCGAAAAGAGUCUUUUCACUAAGGAGUUGGAGAAUGCUUUGGAAAAGAAUGAGGUUGAUUUGGUUGUUCAUUCCUUGAAGGAUUUACCAACCUCUCUGCCUCCUGGUUUUACUAUUGGAGCUGUGUGCAAGCGUGAAAAUCCGUAUGAUGCUGUUGUCUUCCAUCCGAAGUGCACUGUGAAGACUUUGGAGGGUCUACCACAAAAAUGUGUCAUUGGAACUAGCUCCUUGCGCAGAGCGGCUCAACUCAAGAAAAUGUUUCCUCACUUGGAGUUCAGAGAUAUUAGAGGUAACUUAAACACACGACUGAAGAAGCUGGAUGAUAGAGAGGAGUUUAGUGCCAUAAUUCUGGCUACUGCUGGACUGCGCCGCAUGGGGUGGGAGAAUCGAAUAGGCCAGAUCCUGAGUCCUGAUGAAUGUAUGUACGCUGUGGGUCAGGGGGCACUAGCUGUAGAAGUUCGAGCCAAAGACCAGGAUAUCCUCAGUAUGGUGUCGGCUCUGCAGGAUCCCCAGACUGUUCUGCGUUGUAUCGCAGAGAGGGCGUUCAUGAAGAGACUGGAGGGUGGCUGCAGUGUGCCGGUGGCGGUGAACUCUGUCAUUGAGGAUUCCCAGCUCUACCUUACCGGUGCUGUGUAUAGCCUGGACGGAUCGGAUUAUCUGAAAGAGACAAUGCAGACUAGUAUAUGUUCCCCACUUGAGGAUGUUGAAGGACCCAAUGAUGACGUACAGCAUGUCGGGAUCACGGCAUUAGGCGUGCCACGUGCUGCUUUGGAUGCUGCAGAACAUUUAGGAACACAAUUAGCUGAUCUGUUGCUGAGCCAAGGGGCUAGAGAGAUCCUAGUGGUAGCAAGGCAACUGAAUGAUUCCAGAUGAUGCGAAACAUAGGAACGUAAACAUCAAGUAUUGUAUUUCAGGCCCUUUGCUGGAUUCAUAUUAGAGCCUGUUACUUUAUAUUGUUUAAUGUCCUUAUUGUGAAAUAACUAGAGAGCUAUUUACAUGUAUGCUAAGAAAAGUCACAUUGUGUGAUGUUGGCAAACUAAACAGAUCCUGCCACAUAAGCUAUGCAAUCCUAAACUCCAAAAACAUGAGCAUAAAAUAGUAACACAGCACUGAAAAAUAAAAAAAUGUUUUGCAAGUGUCUGAUUACAUGUACAGCAGGGUGACCCAGACAAAAUGUAAUCUCUAGUGGGAAUAAAAGUGAAACAUUUAUGGAAAAAGUACAAUAA